AUGACGGACAAUACGCUCUCCGAUUCUGAGCUCUGUGGGGAACCAGAACCGGAAGAGACCACUGUUGAGAAAGAGCACGAGGAGAGAAGGAAUAGGGGCAGCAGCAUGUCUGAAAGGAGAUCCAGUCAGCGUUUCCACUGCCUGAACGCUGAGCAAGUGGCGGUUCUGGAUCAGGUCCUGUCUGAGGUGGUCCCGAUCCACGGCCGUGGGAACUUCCCCACGCUGGAGCUGCGUCCUUGCGACAUCAUCACGGCGGUGAGAGCCAGACUAGAGAAGCAGGGCAUCCUGGUGAGGGACGUGCGUCUGAACGGUUCCACGGCCAGCCAUGUCCUGGUCCGGGACAAUGGAACCAGCUACAAAGACCUCGAUAUCAUCUUUGGAGUCGAGCUUCCCAGACAGGAGGACUUCCAGGUGAUCAAGGAGUCAGUGCUGGGCUGCCUGCUAGACUGCCUGCCUGCUGGCGUCAACAGGGAAAGGAUCAGCAGUGCCACCAUGAAGGAAGCCUAUGUCCAGAAGAUGGUCAAGGUCUUCAAUGAACACGACCGCUGGAGCCUCAUCUCACUGUCCAACAACAGCGGGAAAAACCUGGAGCUCAAGUUUGUAAGCGUACUGAGACGGCAGUUCGAGUUUAGCGUCGACUCCUUCCAGAUCAUUCUGGACCGUCUCCUGGAGUCUUACUUGGAGCAGGAGUCACGGGAGAGCAAACCUCCUCAAGCAUCGAGGUCGGUCCCCACUGUCGAGGUCCUGGCAGAGAGCAUGUAUGGUGACUUUGAGGCAGCUAUGGACCAUCUGCGCUACCGUCUGAUCGCCACCAGGAACCCCGAGGAGAUCCGAGGAGGCGGGCUGCUGAAAUACAGCAACCUGCUGGUCAGGGAUUACCGGCCGGCCAGUGAGACUCAGAUAAAGACGCUGGAGCGCUACAUGUGCUCACGCUUCUUCAUAGACUUCCCUGACGUGCAGGAGCAGCAAAGGAAAAUCCUGUCCUACUUGAAGAACCACUUCCUCGGAGAGGAGAGGAGUAAGUACCAGUACCUGAUGACCCUGCGGCGCGUGGUGGACGACAGCACCGUGUGUCUGAUGGGACAUGAGAGACGCCAGACGCUGAACAUGAUCACAGUGCUGGCUCUGAAGGUUCUAGGAGAGCAAAAUAUUAUCCCCAAUACGGACCAUGUCACGUGUUUCUACCAGCCCGCCCCUUACCUGGCUGAGCACAGCGCCCCCUACCUCGCCGAACCGAGCUACUGUAGCUACUACAUUCCCCAAGGGGGAUCAACUCUACUUUACCAACCUUAUCCCCUACACCUACACUCGCAGACUGGACUGGUCUAA